GAACAUUCGGAUUGCGACUCUUACAUUGAAAUAAUUAUUCUUGAACUACUUCCAAAAAAAUAUACCGAUGUAAAAGCAUUCCAACUUGUUUGUUUAGAUAAAAAGAACACAAUAGUUACAUUUUACAACAUAACUCCUGAGAGCCCUAUGUUAUGGAAUAUCAGUAACUUAUGUCCAGACUUUACUUAUUCGUUAACUCUUCUAAAUGAAACACUUGCUUUGAAAAUUGGUCCAGAUUCCAACACAAAACAGCAAAAAUGGCUUAAAGACAUUGUUCUUCCACAAUUUGUUAAAUGGGGAAGAGAUGAAGGAGAGUACAAGAAGCCUCUAUGCAAAGAAUCCCUGCAAUUGAUAUCCACAGAUAAAUAUUAUAAAAAGUACAAUGAACUUAAACAAAAGUAUGGCAAGGAAAUGGUUGAGAAUUGGCCAGAGGGGACCGAUCCAUACAAAUUUGUAUAUGAAGAUGUUGCAAUAGCAACAUAUCUCUUAUUACUUUGGGAAAAUGAUAUAGAAAAUACUCCAAAGAAAACAUUUGUUGAUCUUGGUUGUGGCAAUGGUCUACUGGUAUAUAUUUUGACUAAUGAAGGACAUAACGGUGUUGGCAUAGAUGUUAGAAAGAGGAAAAUCUGGGAUUUCUACCCUAAAAAUGUUAAUUUGGAAGAGAAAACUAUUAUCCCUUCAGACAGUAAUGUAUUUCCUCAGGCUGAUUGGUUAAUUGGAAACCAUUCUGAUGAAUUAACACCGUGGAUACCUGUUAUUGCAAGCAACAGUUCAUACAAAUGCAGUUUCUUUCUUCUACCAUGUUGUGCUUUCAAUUUUGAUGGUACUAAAUAUCAAAGGAAAGAUUCCUCUAAAAGUCAGUAUAUGGAGUACAUAGAGUAUGUUAAAUCAAUUUGUGAAAUUUGUGGGUUCGAAACAAAUAUAGAUAGACUCAAAAUACCUAGCACUAAAAGAAUAUGUCUAGUAGGGCAAAAGAAAACAUACUCUGAAGAUACUCAUCCUGAAGUGUGUGCCCAAAUAAAAAAAUAUAUAAAUAAAGAUUCUUCAUGCACUCAUGAUAGUCAAAGAUCUUGGGUGUUAGAAUUUCAACCAAGAAAUGCAGUGGAACGAGUGCGGAACUGUACACAAAUAGGCAGUACAGUUAUAAAUAAUAUUGUUAGCUGUAUUGCAAAAUAUUUACUUGAAACAUGUGAUUCAGAAACAGAAUGGUCACUUGGCAAAGAAGCAUACAUUCAUGAACUGAUUACUUUGUUGCCAGAAGAAAAUUUAAAAGCUAUGAAAGCUGAAUGUGGUGGACUCCAAACGCUUUUGCGCAAUAAUCAUCAAAUAUUUAAAGUUCAGAAUGGAAAAGUUCAGAUAAGAUAUCCUAGAACAGUUGAUGAAGUUUAUAAAUAUAACACUAAAGGUGAUAAAAGUAAAACAAAAGUACAGGUGAAACCAUGCUGGUUUUAUAAUAAUCAUCCUAAAGGGUGCCCACUUACAGACAUUAACUGCAGUUAUUUACAUAUUAGAGAUUGA